UUUUUUUAAUAAUAGUUCAGAAAUAUUUACGUCGGUGCUGUUAAUUCAACAUGGAAGUCGAAAGCUCGUGAACAGCAUUUAAAAUUAUUUCUUUUUUAAAAAGUUGAAUCCCUUAUAAUGUCUAAUACAGACUACAGUCAGAGCCAGUCCUAUGGUGUGGAUGGGACAUACACCACCCAGGGUGGGACUGCGUAUGAUGCUGCAGCCGCCUACAACUACUCUGGCUAUGACUACAAUCAGAUGCAGAACUACAGCAGUUAUGAGGGCUACCAGAGCUAUGGGUAUGGACAGACAGGCUAUGACUACUACAAUUACUACAGUCAGCCAGGGGCAGCAACCACCACAGGGGCAGUCACUCCAGCUGCGCAGACACAGAGUGAACAGUCAACGGCUUCAGGAGGGCAGACAGGUAUGGCAGUUCAUGCUCCUCCCCCACCACCCCCGCCUGGCCCCUAUGUGGCCCCUUCCAGCCAGCCAACAUCCACAUCUGCAACCUGGGGCGGGUCAUAUGGUGGUAACUAUGGUUACCAGAGUGGCACGGUCGCCCCACCCCCACCUGGUCCUGUCAACCCACAGACUGCUACAGGUGCCUAUGGGAGCCAGCAAGGUGGAUACGGGGCAUCAGCUAGCAAUACAGCCCAGGUCCCUAGCAACCCUCCCAUCACUUCAUACAACUCUUCUGAGCAGCAGAAAUACGGCGGGGGCCAGUCGACUGAGGCAUCUUACAGUCACCAGUCUGGGGCACCCAGCUAUGGGGGUCAGUAUUCCACAAGUGGCCAGCCACAGUCCCAUUAUGGGCAGCAGAAAGACAGCUCUAGUUCCGGUUAUGCUUCAACAUCUAGCCAAAAUACUGGCUCUGCAUAUGGUCAAGUAAGCAGUUCUUCUGGACUGGGGCAAGGAAUGAACAAGUAUGGACAGUCGCAGGCUGGUCAGGGCUACUACCCAGAAACCCCUGCCACCCAUCAGGGGCCAGCUAGUGAUCAAGGCAAAUUUGGGGGCUAUGGUAAACAGGGAUCAUCAGCAGGACAUUCAGGAAAGCUAGAGAGUUACAAGAUGAGCUCCCAACCAGAGGGGACGGGCUACGGCCAUGGUGGUUACCAAGGCAAUACUGCUGGAACCCAGCCUGGGUUUAGCUCUCAAGGUGGGAAGGCAAUGAGCGCAGGGAACCAGUCGCAGAAAGGCUACACCGCAUCGACAGGAUACGGCGCACAAGGUGAAUAUGGUCAGAAGGAUGAUUCAGCAGCACAGCAGUAUUACUAUGAUUCUGGCAGUGAUUAUGGUAGGAAUAACAAUGACAAAGAUUUGCAUUCAGGUCUAGGUUCUAAGGGAUGGAAUGCACAAGGGAAAGAUGGAGGUUUCGGUGGAAAUAGCUAUGUAGAAGACCAGAAAACAGAGAAUUAUGGGUAUGAAGAUAAUCAGUAUGGUUCAUACUCGGAGGAAUAUGGUGAAGGAUAUGUUACACCUCAGAGCAGUGGAGGUAGAGGAACGUAUUCAGGGGAUAGGGGUUUUCAGGCAGGAAGGGGACGGGGUAACAAUGCGGGGAGGGGUUUUAGGGGUGGAAGAGGAGCAGGCAGUGAAGUAGGCAAGACAGGGGGAAAGCAGGAAGAGAGUUGGGGUGCUGAAGACCAAGGGGCUAGGGGAGGAGGAUUUGGUGGUAUAAGGGGAGCUGGAAAUCAGGGGCCUAGAGGGCGGGGUUUUGAUGGAAAUAGGGGGGCAGGUUAUCAGGGUGGUAGGGGAUGGGGUUUUGAUGGAAAUAGUGGGGGUGGGAAUCAGGGGAAUAGAGGAGGGGGUUUUGAGGGAAAUAGGGGCAGGGGAAAUCAAGGGGGAAGAGGUAGGGGUUUUGAUGGUGGAAAGGGUAGAGGGGAAAAUGAUUAUAAUUCUUCCAAUACGGAUCAAGUUGGAGAUUAUGAUAGUCAGGGGAACAGUGGGUUUAAUCCAGGGUUCAGAGGCAGAGGGAGAGGUUUUGUCGGGGGUUUAAGAGGUAGAUGGGGCGGAGAUAGGCAGGGAGGUGAUCAGUGGCAGUCUGGCCAAGGGUCUUCUGAUGAGGGGAUUAGAGGGGCCAGAGGGGGUUUUGGAAGGGGCAGGGGUGAUAGAGGCUCGUUUAGAGGCAACAGCAGCGGAAUGGGAGGAUUUGGACAACAGAAUCAAGACAGCAAGAAUAAUGAAAAUAAUGCGGGUGCAGCUAAGAGUGUUGAUGAUAUGAAUACCAAACGAAAGAGCGAGGAAAUGCCACAGUUGGAAAUCAAAAAGAAAAAGGAGGAUGAGAAAAUUGAUGUGAUGCCCUUCAUAAAAGCCCAUGUAGAGGAGCACUGCACAGUGAAUCCGGAAGCCCGGAAACUUGCGGAGGAAUCGUUGAAAAAGAUGAUGCAGCCAUGUUACUGUGUGCUGUGCAAUGCAAGAAUGAGCGGACCACCGCAAGCCAUGAUGCAUUACCAGGGGAAGAACCAUAACAAGAAGAUCAAGAACUUUAUCACGUGCGGGAUGACCAAGUACGCAGAGAAAGUUCAGAAUGAGGAAAAUAAGUCGGAGGAAGAGCUGCAGAGAGAACGCAUGGAGGAGGAAGAGAGGAAUAGGAUUCUGGAUGCGAAAGUCGCACAGGCCAGGGUUACACUGCACUUACAAGACUCAGACUUCUGCAAGCUCUGCUGCGUGGAAUUCUCCUCUGAACAGCAGGCUGAGCAACACUACUCUGGAAAGAACCAUCAGAAACGACUCAAACAGGCCAACAUGCCAGAAGAACAGCUUGGCAACUUUGUGUGUAAUAUCUGCAACGUCCGGGUCACAUCUCAAGAAAUCUUGGACAUCCAUGUUGCGGGCCAGAAACACAAGUCUCGUGCGGCACGUGACAAAAUAAAGGGCACCGAGAACAAGAUCGUUCCGGAAGGGGGGCUUAUAGUAGAGGGACGCAACAUGCUCAGGCCAGGUGGACUCAGACCAGAAAGGCCCCUGAAGCCGAGGGUAAACAUCGAUGUGACCAACUAUCGAACCCCCAGCGGCAAGUUUUACUGCCCGAUGUGUGACACAACUUUGAACACAGAGAUACAGUUUGCUCAACAUACCCAGAGCAAGCAACAUAGAUCGAAACAAUUGGACAAAAAGUAUCGAGAUUUAAACAAGUCUUGAACAAUAUUGUGUUGUUCUCAUUUUAAUUUCAUAUUGUUUUUAAUUGAAUUUGUGAAUGAAUAAUUUCCUAUCAAUGUACUACUUUGUUUUGCUUCUUUUCCAUAUUGUUUUGUUAAGGUCCUGCUUAAGGUAUGUGAAUCCGUCAUUUUUCAUUGUAAAUAUUACAUGGAUGAAUCCAUAAAUAAAAACGGAUUAUAGAUAAAUAA